CACCGAAGGAAUAGCUAUACUUGGGCAUGACUUCCAAACCAAACCUAUACUAAGAGGCUGUGAGGGUGAGGGUGCGAUUCCAUUUGCAAGGGGUUUGCCUUGUAAUUACAUUUUCAAGCUGCCUGGCUCACACUAUCCUACUACUUGCAUUUUUCUGAACAACCGCGCUUUUCCCAACCCACACCCUCUCCACAUCCUUCCGAAGGACCCCCCUCACGCGGUAUGGUACCCACGGGACCUACCUAGCGCCGGGCCCCGGUUCGGAUAUACGACGCAUCCGAUCUAUGAGCCGUGCGUAUCAUCUUGUCGUGCGCUGCAAACCGGGCAAGGAGUGGGUCUUUGCCGUGAAAUGCCGCGCGACUUUUAUCUUGUUGUUCUUCUUCCUCACCAGGACAAGCUGCUUUCAAAACUCUUUUAAGAGCUUGCAAUACCCUCGUCUUCAGCUCAAUUGCCCAAGAUGUUGGCAAUCCGUUCAAUUGCUGCCCCUGCGCAGCGCCAAUGCCUACGGGCAGCCCCCCCUGCUGCGGUCACCCUCUCUUUCCAUAACCAGAGAUACUACUCGGCAAGACACGAACGAGUCGCAAAGUUCAACGGAGUGAAGGACUCCUCUGGCCGCUACCCCGUCAGCUUGAUUGAAGGCGAUGGAAUUGGACCAGAGAUCUCACAAGCAGUCAAGGAUAUCUUCGAGGCUGCCAAGACCCCAGUUACCUGGGAACCCAUUGAUGUCACACCGAUCCUGAAGGAUGGCAGGACUGCGAUCCCCGACGCAGCCAUCGCGAGCAUCAAGAAGAAUAAGAUCGCCCUCAAGGGGCCCCUGGCGACCCCGAUCGGCAAGGGCCACGUCUCUCUGAACCUCACGCUCCGCCGAACCUUCAACCUGUUCGCCAACUUGCGACCCUGCCGAUCCGUUGCCGGGUACAAGACCCCCUACGACAAUGUCGAUACCGUCCUCAUCCGAGAGAACACGGAGGGCGAGUACUCGGGAAUCGAGCACGUUGUGGUGGAUGGCGUCGUGCAGAGCAUCAAGCUCAUCACCCGAGAGGCCAGCGAGCGGGUUCUCCGAUACGCUUUCCAGCAUGCCGAGGAAAUCGGCCGCAAGAAGGUCCGCGUGGUGCACAAGGCGACCAUCAUGAAGAUGAGCGACGGCCUCUUCCUUAACGUGGCAAGGGACGUGGCUAAGGACUUCCCCGGAAUCGAGUUUGACGCCGAGCUUCUGGACAACACCUGCCUGAAGAUGGUUACGGAUCCUAUCCCCUACAACGACAAGGUCCUGGUCAUGCCCAACCUCUAUGGCGAUAUUCUCUCCGACAUGUGUGCCGGUCUCAUUGGCGGCCUCGGCUUGACCCCGUCCGGCAACAUUGGCGAUGAGUGCUCCAUCUUUGAGGCUGUCCACGGCUCCGCUCCGGAUAUCGCGGGCAAGGCACUCGCGAACCCGACCGCACUACUGCUCAGCUCGAUGAUGAUGCUCCGGCACAUGGGGCUUACUGAGUACGCCGACAGGAUCGAGAAGGCUGCGUUUGCCACCCUGGCCGAAGGCAAGGUUCUGACCGGUGACUUGGGCGGCAAGGCCAAGACUUACGAGUUUGCGGGUGCCAUCAUUGAGAAGUUAUAGAUACCAUGACCGUGUAUACGUUCUCUUGGACAGGAGGGCUUUAGACUGUACCACAAUUAUGAUUCCCUUGCCAUGACCAACUUGGUUAUCCGGAUCCAGUGAUGUUUGCGGUUAUUGAGCGACACGCCUCGCGACGCCAAUCCUCGAGCACGCGGCUUUAGGGACGCUUCUCGGAUAUCGACGCAGCCGGUGGCACUUGACGGGCUCAUUGAAGCAGUCUCUUGAAUCGGCAGGGGGCAAGCCAGGUCAUCAAGGAUUAUUUACGGAGU